AGCAGACAGACUGGCUAAACCGACCGUCUGCUAGCUGCCUCACGUUACAGAAGUCAGAAAAUUCAGAUAACUCCCAACACAUAGAAACUCUUACACCUAGAUAUUUUCAAAUAGAGACUGUGUCUGUAUCCCGAAUUAGUAAAAACAAAAAACUUCCAAACUCAUUUAAUGGUAAAAAUUAAAUUGAUGUUCAACAAAUAAAAAAUAGAGAUAAUAAUGCUAAACAAAUGAUAAAACUCAGGUUGUUAAAUAUUAGAUCCCUUUCUUCAAAAUCACUUAUUGUUAAUGAUAUUAUCAAAGAUAAUAAUCUAGAUGUGCUGUGUUUGACAGAAACUUGGCUAAAGCCGGACGAUUACAUUACUUUAAAUGAGUCUAGUCCUCAAGGUUAUGAUUAUCGACACAAUGCCCGUCAGAAAGGCAAAGGGGGAGGUGUUGCUGUAAUCUAUAGUAAUAUUUACAGUAUUAGUCAAAAGUCUUUCAAAUAUAAUUCCUUCGAAGUGAUGGUACUUUACGUAACAUUAUGUAGGUUGACAUUUGUGCUGGCUACUGUAUACAGGCCACCAGGACACCAUACAGACUUUAUCAAAGAAUUUGCUGAUUUUCUGUCGGAGUUAGUAUUGGCUGCAGAUAAAGUCCUUGUUGUUGGUGAUUUUAAUAUCCAUGUAGAUAAUAAAAAAGACGCAUUAGGAUUGGCAUUUGCAGAUAUUCUAAACUCUAUUGGUGUUAGACAACAUGUGUCAGGACCCACUCAUUGUCGUAAUCAUACUUUAGAUCUAAUAUUGUCACAUGGAAUCGAUAUUGAUGCUGUUGAAAUUCUGCAGCAGAGUGACGACAUCUCAGAUCAUUAUCUAGUCUCGUGUAUACUACAUUUAGUCAAGGCGGCUAAACUGCCUCCAUGCCAUAAAUAUGAUAGAACCAUCACUUCUACCACUAAAGAUCACUUUAUAAAUAAUCUUCCUGAUCAGUUUCAUCGCCUUAGCAUACCAGAAAGCUUAGAAGACCUCGAUGUUGUAACAGAAACUAUUGCCUCUGUCUUUUCCAGCACAUUAGACUCAGUUGCUCCUUUGCGCUUAAAAAAGAUUAAGGAAAUUAAUCCAAUGCCAUGGUACAAUGAGCACACUCGGGCCCUAAAGUUAGCAGCCAGAAAAAUGGAGCGCAUCUGGAAGAAAACAAAACUAGAAGUAUUUUGCAUUUCGUGGAGAGAGAGAAUGAUUGAGUACAGAAAGGCCUUAAAAUCUGCUAGAUCUGCUUAUUUUUCAAAACUUUUAGAAGAAAAUAAACACAACCCUAGGUAUUUAUUUGAUACAGUGGCUAAAUUAACAAGAAAUAAAGCUUCAACUUCUGAUGUUUCCAAAGAGCACAGCAGUAAUGACUUUAUGAACUUCUUUACUUGCAAGAUCGAUAAUAUUAGAGAAAAAAUUAUAACCAUGCAACCGUCUAUUACAGUAUCGCGUCAGAUAGUGCAUUGUAGUGUCUCUGAGGAAAAAUUCAAUUCAUUUACUGCUUUAGGAGAGGAAGAAUUGUCUAAACUUGUUUAAUCAUCAAAAUCAACAACAUGUAUGUUAGACCCUAUACCGACUAAGCUAUUGAAAGAAAUGCUUCCAGAGGUUAUAGAUCCUCUUCUUAAUAUCGUCAAUUCAUCUUUAUCACUAGGAUACGUACCGAAAACUUUUAAGCUGGCUAUUAUUAAACCUCUUAUUAAAAAACCACAACUUGAUCCUAGAGAAUUAGUCAAUUACAGGCCGAUCUCAAAUCUCACUUUUCUGUCAAAAAUACUAGAAAAGGUAGUAUCAUCACAACUAUGUUCCUUUUUAGAAAGAAAUAGUAUCUGUGAGGAUUUCCAGUCAGGAUUUAGACCGUACCAUAGUACUGAGACUGCUCUCAUUAGAGUUACUAAUGAUUUUCUCUUAUCAUCAGAUCGUGGUUGUAUCUCUCUAUUAGUGUUACUGGAUCUUAGUGCUGCAUUUGACACUAUUAAUCACAAUAUUCUUUUAAAUAGACUCGAAAAUUAUGUUGGCAUUAGUGGAAUUGCAUUGUCAUGGUUCAAAUCAUACUUAUCUGACCGUUAUCAGUCUGUAGUAGUAAACGAAGAGAUGUCAUAUCGAUCACAAGUUCAAUAUGGAGUACCGCAAGGCUCAGUACUAGGACCGUUGCUGUUCACUCUGUACAUGCUACCCUUGGGAGAUAUCAUUAGGAAGCAUGGCGUUAGUUUUCACUGUUACGCUGAUGAUACUCAGCUCAAUAUUUCUUUGCGCCCUGACGAAACUUACCAAUUCACAAAAUUAACAGAAUGCAUAGCUGAUAUAAAAAAUUGGACCAGUAAUUUUCUACUACUAAAUUCAGAAAAAACAGAGAUUCUAAUUUUGGGACCAAAAACUUCUUCACGUAAUAACCUAGAACUGUCUAACACUUGAUGGCUGCUCUGUUAAGUCUUCGUCGUCACUUAGGAACCUGGGUGUGCUCUUUGAUACCAAUCUUUCAUUUGAAGGCCAUGUUACUAGCAUCUGUAAAACCGCAUUCUUCCAUCUUAAAAAUAUAUCUAAACUACGACAUAUGCUCUCAAUGAAAAAUGCAGAACAGUUAGUUCAUGCGUUCAUGACCUCAAGGCUAGAUUACUGUAACGCUCUACUGGGUGGUUGUUCUGCUCGCCUGAUAAAUAAACUACAGCUCGUACAAAAUGCAGCAGCUAGAGUUCUUACUAGAACUAGGAAGUAUGACCAUAUUAACCCAGUUCUGUCAACACUGCAUUGGCUUCCUGUUAAACAUCGUAUAGAUUUUAAAAUCUUGCUAAUUACUUACAAAGCACUAAAUGGUUUAGCUCCCCAGUACCUGAGCGAGCUCCUAAUUCAUUAUAGUCCUUCACGUCUAUUGCGAUCUCAGAAUUCAGGCCAGCUGAUAAUACCUAGAAUAUCAAAAUCAACCGCAGGCGGUAGAUCCUUCUCCUAUUUGGCACCUAAACUCUGGAACAAUCUUCCUAGCAUUGUUCGGGAAGCAGACACACUCUGUCAGUUUAAAUCUAGACUAAAAACGCAUUUCUUUAACCUGGCAUACACAUAACACAUUACCAAUUUAUAUUUUCAAAUCUGUUAAAGGAUUAUUAGGCUGCAUAAAUUAGGUCAGCCGGAACCGGGAACACUUCCUAUAACACCUGAUGUACUCGUUACAUCAGAAGAAGAAUGGCAUCUACGCUAAUAUUAGUCUUUCUGGUUAUCCCGAGGUUCACCGUAGUCAACCGGAUCCGGGCCGUAUCCAGGUGAGACCAAGGACCUGCACCUUGACACGACCACAACGCAGCCCUGAAGUAUCAGCAGAGAUUGAGUCAACUAGAUCAUCCCCUGUGAAGGCCUCAUCGACACGACAGCCACGACACAGUUCCUCAACAACCGUCCAUACCGGCGUGAUGAAUACGAUCCUCAAUUGGAUGGAACUGAAAUAAAUACUUUUAAUGUUGCGAUCCUAUUGGACUUAUGAUAGCAACCUGAAUUGUAACAAAGCACUGUUGGCCAGAGGAGAACUGGCACCCCGACUAAGCCUGGUUUCUCCCAAGGUUUUUUUCUCCAUUUUAACACCAAUUUGCCACUUGUCUGCCACCUGAUGUCACCUGAUGGAGUUUGGGUUCCUUGCCGCUGUCGCCUCUGGCUUGCUUAGUUGGGGACACUUGACUUGACAUUUUGAUAUUCAACAGUGCUUUUGAUCUGCCUGCAUUGACACUAUUCUUUAAGAGCUGCUGUGCAGUCAAACAAUGUACCAGUUAUCAAUGUAAAGCUGCUUUGACACAAUCUACAUUGUAAAAAGCGCUAUAUAAAUAAAGGUGACUUGACUUGA